GAAGUGAUAGCCGAGAGGGAAACCUGCUGAGAAAAAACACCGCCUGGGACUGCUGAGGAGGACCUCUGUGCAGGUUCACACGGCCGUCGGCAGGGUGGAGCUUCCUGACCCAUGGAGAAUUAUUUCCAGGCCGAGGCCUUCAACCUGGACAAGGUGCUGGAUGAGUUCGAGCAGAACGAAGAUGAGACGGACACUCCUAUUCUCUCGGAUGCCAAGUGGACCCAGAUCCUGGCCCCGCCGGCCCACCUGCUUUCUCUGAACCCCGCCCUGGCCCACGCAGACCUCAGCCCCCGGGAGAGUCCGCUGACCUUCAAGACUCUCCCUGACUCCUCUUCUAGCGCCUCCCCGGGGGCAGAUCCUAAAAGACAUCCCGGUCCUGAACUUCCAUCCUGGGUAGAGGAGAGGCCGGCAGACGUCCACAGCCCACCACUCCCCCAGCCCAACAUCGGCAAACUGGUGGGAACCGACGACCUCUCGCCGCCCCCUGUGACGGCAUGUAGUGCUGUGGAGAAUGGUUGCCAUGCAAGCCCACAAAAUGAUGGGCUUAGCAAAGAGAUAAGUUCUCCUCCAGACAACCAGCCCGGUGCUUCUGACCAGGCGGUUAAACCUCAUCAGGAGGAGAGUGCUGCCUCAGCAGGAGGAGGAGGCUCCGCUGUCAGUCACACUCACUUCACCUUUGAGCUCGGAUUAGGAGAGGAAGAAGAUCCAUCUGAGAAGAUUCAUGCAAAUGUGGAACCAGCAACACAAAUUGGGGAAGGUGUCAAAGACGAGGCUAGUACGGCUGUUUUACAGGACUAUGGCCAAGAGAGACAAACUGCAAAUUCUGACAAGGAGCAGGGAGACAGUGUCCUGAAUGGGGGGAGAGAUGUUCAUGCUGGUUGUGAGGCAGAGGAGAAUGGUAUAUCUCCUCCUGACAGAGUGGACAAGGAGAGGAGAUGUAGUCCAGAGGGACAGGUAGACCAACUCCUCAGAAUAACAAGCCUUCCUAAUGGUUUGGAGCAGGAGAGGAGUCAUUCUAAGUUGAAAGACACAGAAGAGAGAGAGGAGGAAGAGGAGGAGGGUUUUUCUCCCUCUCCUGUCCCUUCCAAAGAGGACUCUGUGACUGAGGAGAAAGAAAUGGAGGAGAGCAAGCAGGAGAGCGGCGAGGGAGGAGCAGUGGGGUCUGGUAGCAUCCAACCAAAACUCAAUAACAACCGGCUGCAGCCGGUCAGUGUUCCCUACGGAGGGGCACGACCGAAGCAGCCGGUCAGCCUCAAACUCCAGAUUCCUCAGCCGCUGUCGGGCCAGGUCCAAAACCAGCUUGGCCCGUCCACUGUCAGCAAGAACAAGAACCUUGAGAACCAGUGUUGGAGAGGCACACCGUCUGAAGCAACACAAAGUGGGACAGAUCAGACUGCAGUAGGGGUGAACGGAGAUGGUGUUGUCCACUCUCCUUCCCUGAUGCCUUCGGAGAGCCCAGACAAUGACCUCCAGGCAGGCCAACAGGGCGCUCUGUGCAAGAAACCUGCCAGCUCGCUGGGCGAGGUUGCCCCUGUGUGGGUGCCUGACUCCCAGGCUCCCGUCUGUAUGAAAUGUGAUGUCAAGUUCACCUUCACCAAGAGGAGGCACCACUGCAGGGCCUGCGGCAAGGUGUUCUGCGCGACAUGCUGCAGUCUGAAGUGCAGGCUCACAUACAUGGACAAGAAGGAAGCCCGCGUCUGUGUCACGUGUCAUUCUGCUUUGACAAGUGCUCAAUCAUGGGAGACACCGGCCACAGGAAGCAACCAGAGUCCAAACCCUAACAACCCAGCAGAGUACUGCUCCACCAUCCCCCCUCUCCAACAGGCUCAGGCCUCUGGGGUACUCAGCUCCCCUCCUCCCACCGUCAUGGUCCCUGUGGGAGUCCUGAAACAGCCUGGCAACGAGGGGUCCCUGUCACGUGAGCAGAGGAGGGUAUGGUUUGCUGAUGGGGUCCUACCUAACGGAGACACAGCAGAGUCCCCCAAACCUCCAACUCCCAGCCCAGCUCCCUCCCAGUCACUGGCCAUCUCCUCGUGUUCAAACAAAUCCUCCACUUCUGAGUCCUCAGAGGCAGCCCAUACCCCUGUUGCCCCGGUGGGCAGCCCCGUGGGCAGCUCCCUCAGCCUGAUUCCGGAGGACGGGCUCCCUCCCAUCCUCAUCUCCACCGGAGUCAAAGGAGGUACGGGAGGCCACAUCACAGACUACGCAGUGGAGGAGAGGCCGUCGGAGAUCGUCCUAAUGCAGCAGCUGGAGGAGGGAGGCCCAGACCCCCUGGUCUUUGUGCUCAACGCUAACCUGCUCGCCAUGGUCAAGCUUGUGAAUUAUGUAAACCGGAAGUGCUGGUAUGUGACGACUAAAGGCAUGCACGCCGUCGGCCAGGCAGAGGUGGUCAUUCUGCUCCAGUGUCUCCCUGAUGAGAAGACCAUCCCUAAAGACAUCUUCACCCACUUCGUGCAGCUCUACCAGGAGGCCCUCAGUGGCAACGUGUUGAGCCACCUGAGUCACUCCUUCUUCACGCAGAGCUUCCUGGGCAGUAAGGAGCAUGGCGGCUUCCUCUACAUCAGCCCCUCCUUUCAGUCACUACAGGACCUGCUGCUGCCAAACCCGCCUUACCUCUUUGGCAUCCUGAUACAGAAGUGGGAGACGCCCUGGGCCAAGGUCUUCCCCAUCCGCCUCAUGCUGCGGCUGGGCGCGGAGUACCGAUUUUAUCCGUGUCCGCUGUUCAGUGUUCGCUUCAGAAAACCACUCUUUGGAGAGACCGGUCACACGAUCAUGAACCUGCUCGCAGACUUCCGUAACUACCAGUACACGCUGCCGGUGGUGAAAGGGCUGGUUGUUGACAUGGAGGUGAGGAAGACGAGCAUCAAGAUCCCCAGUAAUCGUUACAAUGAGCUGAUGAAGGCCAUGAACAAGUCCAACGAACACGUGCUGGCCAUGGGGGCAUGUUUCAACGACCGGGCCGACUCCCACCUGGUGUGUGUCCAGAACGAUGACGGGAACUAUCAGACGCAGGCCAUCAGCAUCCAUCACCAGCCGCGCAAAGUUACUGGAGCCUGCUUCUUUGUGUUCAGUGGUGCUUUGAAAGCCUCGUCGGGCUUCUUAGCCAAGACCAGCAUCGUGGAAGAUGGUGUGAUGAUCCAGAUCACAGCUGAGACCAUGGACUCUCUACGACAAGCCCUGAGGGACAUGAAGGACUUCACCAUCACGUGCGGUAAAGCCGACCAGGAGGAGAACCAGGAGCUCAUCCACAUCCAGUGGACGGAGGACGACCACAACUUCAACAAGGGUGUGAUCAGUCCGAUCGACGGAAAGUCUAUGGAGUCCAUCACCAGCGUCAAGAUCUUCCACGGCUCCGAGUUCAAAGCCAACGGCAAAGUCAUCCGCUGGACAGAGGUCUUCUUCCUCCAGAGUGAAGACCAACCCAACGGUCUGAGCGACCCGGCUGACCACAGCCGGCUGACGGAGAACGUGGCGAGAGCGUUCUGCAUGGCGCUGUGUCCGCACCUGAAGCUGCUGAAGGAGGACGGCAUGGCCAAACUGGGACUGAGGGUCACGCUGGACUCUGACCAGGUGGGUUACCUGGCAGGAAGUAACGGUCAGCCUCUCCUGCCUCAGUACCUGAGCGACCUGGACAGCGCUCUGAUCCCCGUCAUCCACAGCGGGGCGUGUCAGCUGAGCGAGGGCCCCGUGGUGAUGGAGCUGGUCUUCUACAUCCUGGAGAUCAUUUCCUAGGAGCCGGACACAUCCCGACAACCUGGAGCUCCCACCUCCAAACAUCUUCUUUUUUUUUCCUUUUCUUUUUCUUCUUUAACCUUCUGUCAUCAUCUCACAGCCUGGUCCUCCAUCCCUCCGUCAUCUCCCUUCAACCGUUUGCACUUCAAAAGAGCCAGAAAACUGUGCCGUGCCAGGUGGGGUAGCAUUCCUCAAAAGUCAAACCUAUGCAUCCAACCACCGUCGUUUGUGCUCUGGAGGUCGCCUGGGGCCCGAGGAAGCUCAGAGCAGGGGCAUCUGUCACGUGGCAUCUUUCACCUCACUUGUCAGGUGCUUCGAUCACACUGGGUCCGUCCUUUUACCCACACUGCACUGCUCUAUUAGAUUAGCCAGGAGCCUGUUGGCCAUUAUGUUAAUGCCACAAACAUCAUUCAUGUGAGUUGAUUGUCGUCCUUUAAGCCGCUUAUUGGCAGAGACUGACCGUGAUGAACUGUGAGAUACUCUUAGCUCUGGGUCGUAAUAAUCAAGCGUUUGAGACCAGAGCUUUAACAAGUAGCCCUGUCUUUGGUGAUUUUAAAUGAAUU